CAACCUGCCCCCGAAAAAGAACACAUCGGCAUGAUCUUCGGCGGACCCGAGGGUGGAGAUUCAGCCGCGCAGCGGAAGAACUGGGUCCGGAGCAUUUACGUGGGAGAAGUAAGUGCUGAACCGCCCAGGCGUAAACAUACUAGGAGGGAGCCAAUCGUCUUCACUGACCGGGAUCUCCCUCCUACCGGUGAAGAUCACAGUGAUCCAUUGGUCAUCACCAUGGAUAUUAAUGGGGUAGAUGUCGCCCGGGUACUUGUUGACACCGGCAACAGUGUCAACAUCUUAUACCUGGAGACCUUCCAAAAACACAGGUUGUGUCGAACACAACUUGAACCCCUCAAAACCCCUCUCUCAGGCUUCACGGGGGAUACUGUUGAAGCCGAAGGAUCCAUAGUUCUACCGGUCGAACUACGAUCAGGUGAAAAGACCGUGUGGAAGAAGAUGCGGUUCAUAGUUGUGGACAUCAAGUGCGUCCACAACGCAAUCCUAGGAAGGCCAUGCAUUAAUAAGGUCGGGGCGGUGAUUUCCAUGCCUCAUCUAUGCAUGAAGUUCCACACUCCAGGUGGUGUGGGUGAGGUGAAGGGCGACCAGAGGAACGCCCGGGAAUGCUAUGACCGGGCAGUUAAGAAAAUGACCAAGGGGGUCAAUGUCAUCUCCCAAGAGAUCACAAAGGGAGAGACCCGGGAGAAACUGGAACCCGAGGCUGAGACGGUGGAAAUCGAACUUUACCCAGGUGAUUUUUCGAGGAUGGUCAGAAUUGGAGCAAAUCUCCCCGAGGAUCUCAAGGAGCAGAUUACACGGGUCCUCCAAGAAUACGCGGGCAUAUUCGCAUGGAGCGUGGCGGAUAUGCCCGGGAUAGAUCGCUCUGUUAUCUGCCACCGGUUGGCCGUGAGGGAGGGAAGUCAACCGGUACGCCAAAAGAAGCGGUACCUGGCCAGUGACCGGCGAGACUUCGUCAAGAAGGAAGUGAAAGACCUCCUCAGUGUUGGUCACAUCCGGGAAGUCAAGAGGGCUCACGGGGAAACUCCAUUCUCCCUAACCUAUGGGUGUGAAGCAAGGCUGCCCAUCGAAGCUGAAUUCCCCACGUUUCGGGAGUCAAAUUAUCAACCCCAGCAGAAUGAGGAAGAUCACUUGGCCGAACUCAACUUGGUCGAAGAGCGGAGAAUGGCCGCGGAAGUCAAAAUGAGCACAUACCAACAAGUUGUGAAGAAGUACCAUGAUAACAAGGUCGGGCCGCGAUACUUCCAAGUUGGGGAUGAAGUCCUACGAAGAAGAGAAGCAAGUAGACCCGGCGACGGGGGAAAGCUAGCAAAAAACUGGGAAGGCCCAUAUAGGGUUAGAGCCAUCAUUCGCCCGGGGACAUACCGAUUAGAAACUCUUGAAGGGGUACCGGUAGAGAGAACCUGGAAUUCCCAUCAUCUUCGCAAGUUCUACAAAUGAUUGUAAUACUAGGCAAGGCCUACUUUAUUAUCAAUCAAACCGAUGAUGUUCAAUACUCUAUUUGGUAGCGGCAGGAUUGAUAGGCCGAACCUAUCCUAGGAGGGCUUCCU